UAGAAACAUGAAAAACUGUUCACUCUAAUAACGCACCAGCCUUUAAACCUUUUCAGGGGGUAUUAAAAGUAAGUGAACACACAAAUUAAAAAAAAUCUAUUGCGGACAAAAAGUAUACCCUACGUACAAAACGAUUUCCAGAAAAUUGAAUGGAUUAAAUCCAAAUGAAUUAUACUCAGUCGGUUACAUUAUACAGAAUCUAGUCCUGACCUAUACGAAAGCUCUAACGGGAAAAAUAUAUUUAAUCACCUAGUAAAAAUGUGCCAUUUGUUAACCCUCAGUUGUGAGCCAUGAAUAAUCAGACACAUCGCUCCUAGCUGGGUUUUUUUUUUACAAAGGAACGUGUUAUAAAGGUUGAUAUAAAACCGCCGCCAGGUAAAAAUUAGCGUUCUGGUAACUUCAUUGUAAGGCCUGUUUGGGGUUUUGUUGAUGCAAAAUACAUGCAAUACGUCGGUAGGAUCUCAAACGUUACCUAUUUCAAUAUAUACAGAGGUCUGCAACACGUUUAAUCAUUGACACAGAGGAAUGGCCCUUUUCUCAAAUAGAAGAAGUUUCCCAUCAUGGAAGACCUUGUUUUCGGUUGGUGCCCUUGUUGCAAUAUUGUUGACAGCGGCGUAUUGGUACCGAACCUUCCAGGAGGUGACACGCGGCAAGAUUGUUGCAGAGGUGUCGAAACAGACCACGGUUGGCAAUAUCACUAUGGCUGAAUAUGCUUUGAAAUUAACCUGUGGCCAGGUCUGUGACUACAAUAUACAGAAGAGGGAAGGAGAUGCUUUUCUGAAAAAGGAAUUUAACUGUCACUCUCUCCUCGUGAGAAUGAAGGUACCUCCUGGAAAAGUGUACGACCCUCCUCUACGAACACCACCACCGGGCCUCAUGUCCGCGUUUACUCAAAAUGGCGCACUACAGCUAAAGCAUUUCUACUUUAAGUAUGCCAAGAAGGCCUUCCAGACGAGUUUUAGUAGUAAAUUAAUGGCCAACAUGAUCGAUAUGGACAAACGCAAUGUGAUGUUGGGUUCCUAUGAGUAUAUGAGUGCAGGGUUCAAGCACGUUUUGAAGGCGUUUGAGAAUGAACUGAAAGGGAAACGCGUUACGGUUAUUGGGACUCAGGUACCAUGGGUAGAAGUCAUGCUCUUGAAUACCGGAGUGACCAAUGUGACCGCUGUUGAUUAUAAUGAAAUAAACAUAGAACAUCCGAGUAUCUCUUUUAAAUUGGUGACACAGUUGGCUGAGGAACAUAUCAAGAAGGAAAACAAGCAACUGGACGUUGUAGUAUCUUUUUCCUCCAUUGAACACGCCGGGCUGGGGCGUUAUGGCGACCCUCUUAACCCAUACGGCGAUCUCGAAGCUGCGGCACAAGUAUGGUGCAUGCUGAUACCCGGCGGACUAUUUUUCCUCGGAGUUCCUGCCGAGUGCGGGAAGGAGAAAGGAACGCUGGUUUUUAAUGGCCAUCGCAUAUACGGUGAAGCUAGGCUACAGCAUCUGACGGCUAACUUCAUUCAGCUGCAGCGAAUAAUUGUUGGCGAUCACGCCAUUAUGGUUUUGAGGAAACCACUGGCAAAUUGAUAUUGGUUUAGAUUUCAUAAAUUGAUUG